CUGCAACGAUAAGUAAACCGAGUAACGCCAAUAUAAGACCAUCGACCAUCCUCCCUCUCCACCACUCAACCUUUCUUCACUCAGAGACACGCCAGACGAGCACAGCUGCUAGCCCAUGGCGGCGGGAACCCGAACCCCCCACGUCGCCAUCCUCCCAAGCCCCGGCGUGGGCCACCUCAUCCCCCUCGCCGAGCUCGCCAAGCGCCUCGUCUUCCACCGCGGCUUCGCCGCCACCUUCAUCACGUUCUCUGACUUCUCCUCCCCGGCGCAAGAUGCCUUCCUCAACUCCCUUCCCCCUGGCCUCUCCUCCCUCUCACUCCCCCCCGUCCUCCUCGACGACCUCCCGACCGAUGCCCGCAUCGAGACCCGUCUCUGCCACGUAGUCGCCCGCUCCGUCCCCCGCCUCCGCGACAUCCUCGCCACCCUCAAAGUCACCACCCCCCUCGCCGCCUACGUCAUCGACAUAUUCGGCGGCGACACCCUCUGCAUCGCCAAAGAGCUCGGCGUUCCCCACUACAUGUACUGCACCACCAACUUCACGGUGCUCUCCCUCCUGUUCUACUUGCCCACCCUCCACCGGACCACCUCAUGCGAGUACCGGGACCUCGCCGAGCCGGUCGUCCUCCCUGGGUGCGCGCCCAUCAGGGGAGAGGACCUUGUGAACCCCAUGCAAGACCGGACCAACGAGGCCUACACGUGGGCCCUCCACAUCGCCGGGCGUUCAAGAGAGGCCGAGGGAAUUCUGGUGAACAGUUUCGUGGAGAUGGAACCGGUGGCCUCCAGGAUUCUCAUGGAGAACGAACCGGGGAAGCCGCCGGUCUGGCCGGUCGGGCCACUAAUCCGGGCCGGUUCGAACGACGGCGAGGAGAAUCGCUCCGAGUGCUUGGAGUGGUUAGACCGUCAACCUAGUGGGUCGGUUUUAUUCGUCUCUUUCGGGAGUGGUGGGACCCUGUCCACGGAGCAGCUGAGGGAGGUGGCCUUUGGGCUGGAGAUGAGUGGGACCCAGUUCCUGUGGGUUGUCCGGUGUCCGAGCGACACAGAGGCUUAUGGUGCCUUCUUUGGCGACAAGGGGGCGGACGACCCACUCAACUAUUUGCCGGAAGGGUUCUUAGAGAGGACCAAGGGGUCCGGUUUGGUGGUCCGGUUCUGGGCUCCGCAGGUUGAAGUGCUGCGCAACGGUUCGACCGGGGGUUUCUUGACUCACUGCGGGUGGAACUCGACCCUGGAGAGCGUGGUCCAUGGCGUGCCCAUGAUUGCCUGGCCGCUGUACGCCGAGCAGAGAAUGAACGCAGUGAUGCUGUCGGAGAGCGUGAAGGUGGCGAUGAGGCCGGAGGUUGGAAAGGACGGCGUGGUCCGGAGGGAGGAGAUAUCGAGGGUGGUGAAAGAGUUGAUGGAGGGGGAGGGAGGGAAGGCGGCGAGAGACCGGAUGGCCGAGCUCCGGGAGGCGGCGGCCAGGGCCUUAACGGAGGAGGGAUCGUCUUACAAGUCGCUCUCCGAGGUGGCUGGAAAAUGGAAAGCUGGAAUAGCCGUGUGAGAAACGGAUGGCGUUUGUUUUGCUGUUUGGACAUUUGUCUGGUGAUAAAAUAACGUGCGUCUAUUUUGACUGUUUCCUCGGUUUUCCCAUGUUGUCGUUCAUCCGUGUGGCUUUUGCUGCUCUCUCAAAUGUACGCUUUAAUGCUCCCGGUCUUCGUUCUUCGCGUCAAGCGUAGAUGGGUGGACGUGAUCUUUGUUUAAGAAUCGUAGAUUUUUUUCUUUAUUAUGAUUGUUGAGGGAACUAGAAUAACUUCGUAUUCAGAAAAAGAUUAUUUUUUUCCGGAGGCUCCCUUUUUUAUCUUUUCUUUUUAGUGGACGAGAAAGAAAGCGCAUGCAAUUAAAACUAUGAAAAAAAAAAAAAGGAGAUAGCGACAGGAAUUUGUUGUGUUCAUAAAUUUGGAGUGGCGCAGCUUUACUUGAUUCCUCCACAAGACGACGGCAAGUUGGCCUAAUUCUGAAAAUAAAAUUGGAGACCGCUUCGCUUGAUUCCUCCACAUAACGGCAAGUUGGCUUCUGAAAAUGAUAUUGGAGAGACCGAUGUAUGUUAAUCUUACAAGACGAAUUU